UCGAUAAUUUCGUCACACUGGUCACACUGUUUCUAUUAAUUUUUGCAUCGAGUUAGCAACUGCAAUAGAAUGGCUCUCAGACUAAUCAACAACGCUGUGCUCCGCCAGCUGGUCUCCCAGUUGCCACGAAACGCUCAGGUGGGCAGCGUUGCCUCCAUCCACACUCUGGACAAGAUUGGCAAGCGUGAGGUUGUCGGAUACGGAUGGAACGGCACCGCCUGCUACGCCGACCGUGUGGACUACCCCAUGCCGGCUGUGCGCUUCCGCGAGCCCAACAACGAGAUCAAUGCUCUGCGCGCCAAGGAGCAGGGUGACUGGAAGAAGCUGAGCCCACAGGAGAUCAAGGCCCUGUACCGUGCCAGCUUCUGUCAGACCAUUGCCGAGAUCCAGGCCGGUACCGGUGAGUGGAAGCAGCACUUGGGCGUUAGCCUGCUCUUCACAGCCGCUGCCAUCUGGAUUGCCAUCCUGAUGAAUCUGUUUGUCUACGAUGAGCUGCCAGUUACCUUCGAUGAGGAGCAUCAGAAGGCACAGCUGAAGCGUAUCAUUGAUUUGGAGAUGAACCCUGUGACUGGUUUGACCUCCAAGUGGGACUACGAGAGCAACAAGUGGAAGAACUAAGUGGCAAAUGGGCCAGAUUCCAGAUAGCCUGUGUGUGGAGACGACAGUCAGUAAUUAAGCAAAACUUCGAUGUCGACGUUUAUUAAGUGGAACCCCUCCCCAGAAAAGAUAGUUACAAUUAAAGUUGCAGCCGCUGCUGGCUAAACUGA